AAAAAGGGAAGAGGCGCGCGCUCAUUACUGAGAGUCAGGAGGCACCACACGCUCUGGGACCUCGACGUGACAGGGCGGCAAAGAGGCACCGGGGACUGGACUGAUGACCGAUUGGGGUGGAGGCAGCGGACGACCCCCCGCUCUCCACCAUGUUGUCGGAGUCGUUCCUGCGCACGGCCGUCUACAGGGAGCUGAUGAACGCUGAGGAGCAGAAGGGUGAAGAGAAGUCGCUGAAGAAGACGCCGUCCUGGGCGCUGGGGGCAUGCGGAUCUGAGCCGCUGUAUCAGGGGGAGGCCUCAGGUCCCAUCUCACAAGCCUUGCGUAUCCCGAGGCGCGAGGUGCUGAACGACGCCUCGCUGGACCUGUACACCUCGUGGUCCAGCAGGUACGGCAGCAUCUACAAGAACUACCCCGACCUGCACAUCGCUGGCGACCACAUCCUCCAGAAAGUGGACUCCGGCUGCAUCCUAGACGGCGACUGCGAGGACGGCCCGGUGCUGCUCUCGGCGGACAUUGACAGCAGCAGCCCUCCAACUGAGAACCCCGGGGGGCUCCUAACAGAAGGGGGGCCCCCAAGUGUAGAGAGCCAGGUCUUACCCUCGGCCCCCUUCUCCAACUCUGUGCUGAACGGCUUCCUGGAGAAGAAGAUGGCGGAGCUGUACAAGCAGUGCUACGAGGAGAAGCUGACCACGGCCGGCACCUCGCCCCUCCCCCACCUCUGGUCCACCGUCCUCAUGCACAACGUCCACCUCAUCAGCCUGCAGAUAUCGCAGGAGCGCAACGUCCACCAGUCCACGGCCAUGGAGGCCAUCCUGAAGAGUCUGCGCUGCGCAACCAGCAGGGGGAGCUCCGAAUUCAUCACCCCCAUCCUGCACAUCUCCGAUAACAAGACUAAACCGGAGGCACCGCCGAGCAAAAAGUGACGCUGCAUCAUGUCCACUGUGCUCUAGUCACAUCCAGAGCUGCAUCAUGCCCACUGUGCUCUAGUCACAUCCAGAGCUGCAUCAUGCCCACUGUGCUCUAGUCACAUCCAGAGCUGCAUCAUGCCCACUGUGCUCUAGUCAC